AUGGCUGAGAAGAGCAAGAUUUUGUUCAUCGGAGGAACAGGUUACAUCGGAAAACACAUUGUAGAAGCAAGUGCAAAGGCUGGUCAUCCUACUUUUGCAUUGAUCAGAGAAUCCACUCUUUCUGAUCCAGCCAAGACUAAUCUUCUCAACCAUUUCAAAUCGUUAGGCGUCAAUUUGGUUCCUGGGGAUUUGUACGAUCAUGAGAAGUUGGUGAAAGCGGUUAAGGAGGUGGAUGUGGUGAUUUCCACGGUAGGUCAGGUUCAGCUUGCGGAUCAGGUGAAAAUUAUCGCUGCUAUUAAGGAGGCUGGUAACAUUAAGAGGUUUUUCCCUUCGGAAUUUGGGAACGAUGUGGAUCGUGUCCAUGCGGUAGAGCCAGCAAAAUCGGCAUUUCAAGCCAAAGUCCAAAUUCGACGGACUAUUGAAGCGGAAGGAAUACCGUAUACAUAUGUCUCUAGCAACUACUUUGCUGGAUAUUUUCUCCCCACAUUAGCUCAGCCUGGACAAUUUGCUCCACCUCCACCCAAAGACAAAGUUUUCAUAUAUGGUGAUGGAAAUCCCAAAGCGGUGUUUAACAAGGAAGAUGACAUUGGAACAUUCACUAUUAGAGCUGUGGACGAUCCAAGAACAUUGAACAAAAUUUUAUACAUUAAACCACCGAACAACAUUUACUCAUUCAACGAGCUUGUGGCAUUGUGGGAGAACAAGAUUGGGAAGAGUCUGGAGAAAAUUUAUAUUCCAGAAGACAAACUUCUGAAGGAUAUUGAAGAGGCACCUCUUCCUAUCAAUGUGAUACUAUCCAUUAACCACUCUGUUUUUGUGAAGGGUGAUCACACCAACUUUGUGAUUGAACCAUCUUUUGGAGUUGAGGCUUUUGAAUUGUACCCGGAUGUUAAGUAUACUACUGUUGAAGAAUACCUUGAUCAGUUUGUUUGA